AUGGACAUUGACUUUUACAAGUCUGUUCCUGAAGAUCAGAUGGACAUGAUGAUGAUGAUGAUGCAAAUGGAAAAGCUUUCUGACUUCUCUGGAGACUACAACGACGUCGCUGAAACUCCAACCAUGGAGUUUUCCGGCGGAAGUAAUAGCACUAGCAGUGGCUCUCUACCACAAAUUGUUGAAAACCCACAAGUUAAUUCAGCUACAUUCAUGCACCUACCAUCCACCAUAUCGUUUAAUAACUCUUCCCCAGUCCUUCAAGACCAUUCGCCAAUGCCCUUCCGGGGCAAUUCCGAUUCCGGCGGUGAAAACACAUUUCCGAGAGAAUCCCAGAAGCGAAAUUCAAUGGCAGCCAUGAGGGAGAUGAUCUUCAGGAUAGCAGCAAUGCAGCCAAUUCACAUUGACCCCGAAUCAGUAAAGCCACCAAAGAGGAGAAACGUGAAGAUAUCCAAGGACCCUCAAAGCGUGGCGGCGCGUCACCGGAGAGAGAGGAUAAGUGAGAGAAUUAGGAUACUUCAGAGACUUGUUCCGGGAGGGACAAAAAUGGACACUGCCUCCAUGUUAGAUGAAGCAAUUCACUACGUGAAGUUCUUGAAGAAUCAGGUGCAAUCACUUGAACAAGCAGCUGCUAAUAAGCCAGCCGGAAUUGGCUUUCCGGUCCCGAUUUCUAGUGGGAGUUACUUUCCGAUGGCAAAGCCGUACCAGUAG